CGCCCGAGUUAGGGCGCCGCCUGGAGUGGGGCAGGCCGGGAGGUGAGACGUUGGAGUCGGUUUGUUCCAUCUACGCGGCGUGCUCAGGCAAGGCCAGGAACUCGCUUGCCAUGUCGGCUGCGGAGGCGGGAGGUGUUUUUCACAGAGCCCGGGGCAGGACCCUGGAGGCGUUUCCCGCAGAAAAGGAAAGGGAAUGGAAGGGUCCAUUCUACUUUAUCCAGGGUGCAGACCCGCAGUUUGGACUGAUGAAGGCCUGGUCCACUGGGAACUGUGACAGUGGCGGUGAUGAGUGGGAGCAGGAGAUCCGGCUAACUGAGCAAGCCGUCCAGGCCAUCAACAAGCUGAACCCCAAACCCAGGUUCUUGGUGCUGUGUGGUGACCUCAUCCAUGCCAUGCCAGGGAUGCCAUGGCGGAAGGAGCAGACCAAGGACCUGCAGCAGGUACUCAGGGAAGUUGACAAGGAGAUCCCACUGGUUCUGGUCAGCGGUAAUCACGACGUGGGCAACGUCCCCACAGCCGAGACCAUCGAGGAGUUCUGCCAGACUUGGGGAGACGACUAUUUCAGUUUCUGGGUUGGAGGUGUCCUGUUCCUGGUCCUCAACUCCCAGUUGUUGUACGACGCUUCCAGAUGCCCUGCUCUGAAGCAGGCCCAGGACCAGUGGCUGGACCAGCAGCUGAGAAUCGCAGAGCAGAGACACUGUCAGCAUGCCAUCAUCUUCCAGCACAUUCCACUGUUCCUGCGCAGCAUCGACGAAGACGACGACUACUUCAACCUCACCAAGUCCGUUCGGAAGGAGAUGGUGGACAAGCUCAUCAAAGCAGGUAUCAGAGCCGUGUUCUCAGGCCACUACCACAGGAACGCCGGGGGCACCUACCAGGACCUGGACAUGGUGGUGUCAUCAGCCAUCGGAUGUCAGCUGGGCAGAGAUGCCCAUGGGCUCCGUGUUGUGGUGGUCACUGCUGAGAAGAUAGUUCACAGGUACUACAGUCUAGAUGAGCUGAGUGAGAAAGGCAUAGAAGACGAUCUGAUGGAUUUGUUGAAGAAAAAGUGAUUCCUUAUGCUCUGUUCACUUUUCACUUCCACUGUUUUUUAUUUUGCCAGAAAUAGCUGGCAUACAAUCCCUUGUGAAAUAUAAAAGCAUACCAGGCAAGCUGGUAAAUUAAUGUCCUUUUAUAUAAAUCCAACAGCUAGGUCCUAUCUUGAAUUAUAUUCAAAAUAGAACUGCACUCUGGAAAUAAUGUUUUUUUUUAAUGAUACUGUGUAUUGAACUGUCUCUGCACAGAUGUUUGAAUAAAUUCUCCUAAUGGUGUGUUUCUCAACUCUGCAUUUGAAUUGCAUUGUUUUCUGGUAGAAUAUGAUGAAUGUCUACCCAUGGACCUCAAUUCCAACCUCAAAUCCUAGUGUGAGCUUUGAUAAUUCCUUAAACAAACUGUGUCUGAUUGUACUAAAUUGUGGUCAUGAUUCUAGAAAUGCUAGGCAAAGCAAAGGUCAUCUCCUUUCCAUCCUAACAAAACAAACAGCCAUCUCUCCCAUUACCAGAGCCAUGUAGACUUGUUUUAACAAGGAGGUCAGUCAGUAGCCAACAUUUGCUAUUAAAUUCUGAGACUUCUAUUGUCGCUGAUGACAGGAACACAACACACUUGAUACAAGUCAGGUCUGGAAAAUGCCUUCCUGGUGCCUGGAAGAGUCACCUUUACACAAUAAAUUGGUCAUUUAUGAAAAUCUCGUCCAAGAGACCGAAAACAAGACCCUAAAGUACUAACCACACCACUGCUUGGAAGCGUAUUUUGAGUUGGCUCACGUUCACAUUUGGGCACCAUGGCAACACCACAGAUGGGUGGUUUUGUGGGAUGGGAAUGCCCCUCCAAUUACAAGACACUUAACUGUGUCUACUUUGACAGAAAGAGUGGGAAUUUAUGCAGUGUUCUCAAAAGAAAACAAGAGUUUUCCCUGCACUUUCUUCUAGUAUUUUUAUAGUUUCAUGUCUUAAGUUUAACUUUAAUCCAGUGAGAGUCUAUCUUAGUUAAAGGUGAAAGGUGUGGGGCCAGUUUCAGUCUUCUACAGAUCGCCAGCCAGUUCACCCAGCACCAUUUGUUAAAUAGGGAAUCUUUUCCCCACUGAAUGUUUUUAAUUGGCUUGUCAAAUAUCAAAUGACGGUAAGUAGCUGGGUUCAUCUCUUGGUUCUCUAUUCUGUUCUAUAUAUCUACCUCUCUGUUUUUGUACCAGUACCAUGCUGUUUUGAUCACUAUUGAUUUAUAGUAUAGUCUGAGGUCUGGUAGCGUAAUUCCUCCUGCUUUGUUUUUAUUUCUGAGUAAUGUCUUGGCUAUUUGAGGUUUUUUUCUGAUUCCAUAUAAAACGAUGUAUUAUUUUUUCGAGAUCUUUAAAAUAUGACAAUGGAGCUUUAAUAGGGAUUGCAUUAAAAUUGUACACCAUGGAAUAUUAUGCAGCCGUAAAGAAAGAUGGAGACGAUACCUCCUUCAUGUUUACGUGGAUGGAGCUGAAAAAUAUUCUUCUUAGCAAGGUAUCCAAAGAAUGGAAGAAAAAGUACCCAAUGUACUCAGCCCUAAUAUGAAACUAAUUUAUGGCUUUCAUAUGAAGAGUACAACCCAAUCUCAGUACAAGAAUACGGGGAAGGGAGCAAGGGAGGGGAAGGGGAGGUAGGGUGGAGGGAAGGCGAUUGAUGAAUCCACACCUAGAGUGCAUCUUGGAAGGGUGCAGGUGAAGUUUACUAAGUGAAGAGUAUAAGGAUUUGAACACAAUAAUUAAGAAAAUGCUAUGAAGGCUAUGUUAACCAGUUUGGUGAAAAUAUUUCAGACUGUAUAUGGAACCAGCACAUUGUACCUCAUGAUUGCAUUAUUGUACACAGUUAUGAUUU